GGGGCCAUUUAUUACCUUCACCCUCGUGCGUGCGUGUCCUCAUUUCAGUAUCGUCGUAGCAGCCCAUCGUAGCUCCAUCUGCUCUCAAUAUCAUGGAUAGAGCACGGAAAGAUACCACACAAACAGGCUUGUCGUUACAUGCGCAAUCAUCAAUGUCUAAUCCGCCCCUGAAACGCCGAACUCGGAAGCGUCUAGAUGAUGGCGUCGACAAGCUCUGGAAACUAUCCAACGUCAACAAGUCAAGGGAUUCGUUUUCGGCGUUGAAUUUCGACGUUAUAUUCCAUCUUUGUACUUUUUUGCAUCCAAUGGACCUUCUUAAUCUCGCUCGUACAUCAAAGCCUUUUCGUCAGCUUUUGAUGUCAAAAUCAUCUGCCUUCAUAUGGAAGUUCUCCCGCUUGCAAGUGGAAGACAUGCCACAAUGCCCCCCAGAUCUAAACGAACCACAGUAUGCAAAUUUGGCGUUUGGCCUUUACUGCCAGAACUGUGGGAAAGUGGGCCAGUGUCUGUUUUGGCAAUUUCGUGCGAGAUACUGCACAUCCUGUGUAAAGAUAUGGUAA